UGCCUCAGUCCCCCCCUCCUGUCGUGGCAGAAACGCUCAUAAGACAGUGACUUUGAGAGGCUUAACAUGUAAAGAAAAAUGUUCCUCCCGUGGCAUGGGUGAUUCAAGACUCAAACACAGCCUCCAGGAACACCUCCAGAGGCUGGAGGACUCCAUUUUGAAGGGACCGGGUGUGCAAGCCAGAGAGACUACACUACACAGCAACUCGUCUCAGGAAAGGAAACUCAUCUGUUUUUCCGGGUAGCCUGCAGCACCAUUUCACCGCUCUCUCAGACGUAGUGGUGCUGCUGCUGCUGGUGGUGGUGGUGGUGUUGGUGGUGGACAUUUUUGUUAUCACUUCAUUUUGUUUUCGACUCAUCUCCAGGCGCGUGUGUGCUGCCCAAGUGCGUGUCGGGGUGGUGGUGAAGUGGGUGGUGAAGAGGAUGCCAGUUGUUGGCACAAGUUUUGGCAUGUGACAUGUCAUUGGUGAUGGCAGCCUGGUUUAGGUUGAUAAUUGAUGCUUGUAAUUAAGGGGAGGGGCAGGACGGUUUUUUUGGAGGUGUCGCGUGGUGCGUUUUUUGGGAGGGGGGAUCAGCUGAGAUUCUUCUAUUUCUUUUUUUUUUCUUUUCUUUUCUUUUUUUUUUUUUUUUUUUACCUUGAAGAGUGAUUUACGGCCCCUUCUGUGCUCCAUGUUAUGGACCGGCUGGGGAGGGAGGCAGUGGUGACGACUAGCAGUGCGCACAGCAGAGAGAGAGAGAGAGAGAGGGAGAGAGACUGACUUUCAAGGGGGCAGGCAGAGUCUGCAGGCAGGAAAUAGCCAUUCAACAGAGCAGAAAUCCACAGACGGGCAAUUAUAAAGUUGUAGAUAUCUCAAAGCAAAAAAGGGGGGAGUGUCGCUGGAGGAGCACAACACGCCUGAAUUUCUAUUCCAGGGGCCGCUGGACCAAGCUUUAGCGCAUGUAGAGGAGGAGGAGGGGGAGGGGGAGGGAGAGGGAGGAGGAGGGGGGCGGGGGGGUGAGUGAGUACGUUUCACAGGAUCCAGGCCUAGUAGUAUUGCCGCUGGGACUCUCCUCAUCCGCUUUCAAAAAAUUGGAAAUUGGCACAUUUAAACGCCAAAAUGAACGGGUUGAGGGUCAGUUUUGCGGUGGGCGACACCGGAAUGGGAGGAACCAUGCCAGCAUGAGUGGGCCUUAUGCAGGCCCUGGCAGGGAGACCCAUCAGUCCAACUGCCCUUUGACCCCUGGCCGUGACCUCUCCACCCACUCUUGCUCUUCCAGGCGCCAUGACCACAGGAUCGGUGUAACCAUGUCUGCUGCCUCCUCCCUCAAGCAUGCAUCAGUCUAUGGGUUCACACAAAGGGACCACUCCUCCUCCUCCUCCUCCUCAUCUUCUACCUACAGUCCUCUUAGGAGGCUGCAGCAUCUCACCACCAUGGUGAGCCAGCCUGACCUGGUCCUGCCGGUCAGGGAGCCGGACAGAAGCUGGGAGUGGGGGAUGCAUAAGAAGGAGAGGGGGAAGGAGACAGAGAGGGGUUCCUGGGCAGAUUGCACUAGCAGGGAUUAUUCUGGCACCCACAAUACAAGCAGGGAGGAGAGUUUUGGGAGCUCAACUGCUGGACAAAGACAACCUGAGGUCCAGACUGGAAGUAAAGAUGCACCAGCAGCCAAUCGGGGCAAUCCCAUCGCCCCAGAGAAAAAGACAGAAGGUUGUUUCUCAGGCCCGCCCAGCCCGGCCUUCUCUCUGGAUAGCAACAGUCCCUUUGCUAAUGGCUUCCUCCAUUUUGAAUCUUCUUUAUUUGAGGAUGAUGACAAUGAUCAAGCACGAGAGACCGUGUCAUCAGGGGGAGACUUGCAGGACAAACACGAGAGGAAGGGGAAUGUUCCUCAGGCCACUCCUGGAGACUUAAAUUCAGACUCUAAGGAUGCUGUCCUGUCGUCAGCCAAGGUCGUCACCCGGUCCCAGUCCUCAGGUCAACGCAGAAGAUACUGGGACGGCUCAGAUGACGAAUGGGAGAGUGACACCGAUCUGCUCCUGUUUGUGGAUAGUCCCUCAAGGCAUUCAAUGAACAGCCUGAAGAAAAAGUCUUUGCCGCCUGUGAAGUUUUUAGAGGGUGAGAUUAUUUGGGCAAAGUUCAACCGAAGACCAUGGUGGCCCUGUGAAGUGAUCAUUGACCCCGUACAGGGAGUCUAUCACAGAGUGAAAGAGCCCAGUGACCGUCCCUGCCGGCUCUACCAUGUUAGGACCUUUGGUGAGCCUGUAGAGUUCAUCUGGGUAGAGGAAAAAUCAACUCAUGCUUUCCACGGAGGUUUUGAAUUCGAACAGCUCCCCCUACUGCGUCGGAGGGGGAAGCAAAGGGAGCAGAACUACAAAUACACUAUUGCAAAGCGUUUUCAGGACUCUUGGAAAUCCAGUGUGGCAGAAGCUGAAUCUGUUCUCCAAGACAGACCCAAAAUGGCUUCCUCUGUUUCUUCGUCCAGAGAUGUUGCCUUCCACGACAGUUCCACUCUGGAGAGAGAGAAAGAGGCCCAUCCGACCUUUCCUCCCACCACCUCACCUGAUUCCACCCUGCCUGAGACAUCACACAUAACCAAUGGAUCCAUUUCAUCCCCAGUUAUUUCAUCCCCUGUAUCAACUCCAGCAAAGCCAAGCACUUUAAAGAAGUCUUCUGGCAAGAAGAAAUCAAGUAAAUCAUCUAAAGACAUGAAUAGUAAACACUCUAAAAAGACAUUGCGGAAUAGCCCAGACAAAUCAGAUAGAGACAAUGAAGAGUGUCCAUAUUCUGACCUCGACUCAGUCCCUAAGAUUUUGUGUCCUAAAGCACUUGAACGUCAGCCAAAGCUAGUUCAGACUCAACCAUCUGUUGCAAUUGUUAAAGAGGUGAAGAAGCAGCCAGAGAUUCAGAGUGGUCUUUGGUUCAGUAAAUCAGGCAAAGACAGGCGACCUAAAACAACCAGUCCGAUGCCAGACCGAAAUCUCUUCAGUAAGGCAUGCUGUAAGAAAAAGAACCUAUCUGCUGUUAGUAAAAAGAUGCUAGUUACAAAUGCCUCCUCCGGUGGCGGGACCAGUGAGCAGUCAGGAUUGUCAGACAAGCUUAAGACUCUUGUACCCCCUGAAGCAAAUCUGCCUCCUGAACAGUCAGGAAAUUUGAAGUGUAAAAACACCCCAGUUCCUAAUAGGCUUUUUGGUACAACUAGCAGUCUUGCAGACCAGUCAGGACUAUCAGACAAGCAGAAGUCCCCAGUCUCUGUCGAGACUGGUGUGUCCUCUGACAGGUGUGGAUACUCAAAGUGUAGACAGACACCCAGUAAUACAGCUGACAUGGACAUUCUUUCUGACCAGUUUGGUUUCAGUGAAAAAUCAGUGUUUUCAGAGAGUGUAAAGAGCAUCAGUCGAAUGGAACAUCCUGACAUUACAGCCAAUAAAAAGGUCCAUGUAAAUGACCAGAUUUCUGAUAAAGCAGAAGAAAGAGAAAGUAACAAAACUCGAGUGUCUGGUUUAGAUGCUGACACUACUGAACCAUUAGCAAUUCUAGAAAAGCAAACAAGUCUGGUCUCUAAGUGUAGGAUGCCCUUUGUCAAAUUAAUACGCAAAGACAUAAAGGGUAAGAAGUUCCUAAACUCUAGUGCAACCAUUAGUCCAACUGACCAACCUGAAUGCACAAUGAAUGAAAAUACACUAGAUAAUACUGUGACUAAAAUUUCCUCCAAACAAUCAGACUGGGUGGAUGGAAAAGUAAGUGCCUCUUUAGAUCAGGCAUUCAGUUCAGAAUCCAUAAAGGUCUCAGUUGUGAAGUUAAAAGCAAGUGGUGGGAAUGGUAUGCUUCGUCUCUCAUCGGAAUCAUCACAAGGGAAAACUGUUGUGGCCUCCAAUGUGGCAAGUGUGUCUGCUGAUGAAUUAGGUAGCCCAGAAGCUGAAAGGAUACAAGUUUUAAAUGUUAGCCCUAGCAAUGUGACAUACCCAUCCUCUAAUCAGUCAGAAAGUAAGACAACUCCUGCCCCCAGUGUAACAAGUAUUUCUUCUGACCAGUUAGGCACCUCACCACAAAGAAUAACUUCUAUCACUAGCGCGUCUUAUAACACGGUUCCGCCUGCUCACCAGCAAGGGAAUUCAGCAUCUAGGAGUGCCCAUGUUCCUGAAGGCCCGUCUUCUGAGAAAUCCAAGAAAGUCCACAAAUCAAAGCAGGUUCCAGAUGAACUGGAUAAAGUCAUUCAUGAACAACCUGCCCACCUUCCAGCCAGCAAUCGGCUAAUGACCAGAGCCCUGAAGGCUAUGCAGGAGGCAGAGCAGAAGAAGUGGGAAAAAGCCCAAAAGGAGGCUGUGAUGAAAGAACCCUUAAAUCCAUUUAGAAAAGCUGAGGACCUUGUGCGCCAUUCUGCACGUAACUCCACUUCAGAGACCAAACUUGACUUUUGCACUAAAAUGAAGUCUCGUAAGUCUCAUUAUAAUGAUAAUGGUGAGUAUGAUCACGACACAUUUUCUAGUUCUAGCAGCCCCCCCCAGAUGUUUUCGGAUUCAACUGACUUUGAAGCUGAUGUCAAGAGCGAAGAUGAAGACCUCUCUAUAUCCUCAACUCCACCAAUGGACUUCAUACCCCUUACGUCUAGAGCAAAAGCAAAGAAGGAGGAUAAUUCCUCUAACAUACGCUCCUCAUCUUCACCUUCCUCACCAUUUUCUUUUAUGAAUGCCUUUAAAAAUGUGGAGGAGGUAUCCUUCCAGUCCCUGACAAAUGAGAAUGAUGGUAAACCUAUGUCUUUCAAACCAGACACAAACUACAAGUUCAGCACUUUUCUCAUGAUGUUGAAAGACUUGCAUGACACUAGAGAGCGAGAAGGGGCCCCAUUAGAACUGGAGAUUGGGCCACCAAGUGCACAUGUUAAGGAGGAGCCCUUAGUGAUGCCUGGGGAGGCCAAACCCACAGGCCAUGAUCAAAAACUUGAACAUCUUAAUAACAAUUCAAAUUCAAGUCCAAACAAAAUCAUAGUCACACACAGUGAAGGCAGCACAAGACCAACGUCGAAGAGGCCCUAUAACAGAAGGGGUAGCUGCACUGGAAUGAAAAAGAAAGCCAACCGCAAAGUGCCUUGUCGUCCUGCCAGGUCUGGACCUGGUUUCCCAGGACUGGAGUCCUCACGAGGACUGGCAUCCUUGCCAACAAUGGACACUUCAUCAGGAGUGGAUUGCUCAUCAAGAGUCCAGUCCCUCUUGGGCAUGCAGGCCAGCAGCUGGGAGAGGCAGGCUGGAGGUGGUGAGGGAGUAGUUCAGGAGGAGCAGGAGGGGGAGAGGUGGAGCAGAGUCAGUGAGAAUAUACAGAACAUGGUGCCUUUGGAGCAGAGGAGGUCCGACACUACACUGUGUCUGGGACAGCCGAAUGGCCUUGUUGCAGACUGCACUGAGACUAACACAAGCUUGACGCACAACGCUGGAGUACGUGACAAGGCUCCAACAGCACAUAAACGCAUAAGAAAACCAAGCAAAAGGCUGAUUGAAUGGACUGAAGAAUAUGAUCAGAUUUUCUCCACAAGGAAGAAAACCAAAAAGCCUCUCCAGUUGAUUGGAAAGGCCACUCAACCCAUUACCUCCAUGUCUGAACCCCCGGGAUCAGACAAGAACACACAUGACCACCCAUCCUUGAACCUACUUCCUGAAAUACAGACACCACCUCCUGAGGAAAUCGCUGCAACAACGCCCCCUGAACUACAGAUUCCCAGCACUGACAGCACAGCUUCCCAAGAUUCAACAGUGCUUUCCAUUGACACGCUAACACCUCCUCCUGAAGCUGAACCUUCGCUGUCAGAGAGCCUUGUCAAAGACAACGGGACUGCUCCUCUGCUGGAGAAGAAGAGGAAGAGGAAACCCACUCAGAAGAUCCUGGAGUACUGUCUGGAGGCAGAGGCUUCAACAGGCCCCAAAAAGAAGGUCAAAACACUGAAGAACAAUACAAAUCCUGCCCCUCAAUCAGAUUCAGGGCCACCAUCUUUAAAAUCAAAGAGUAAGCAGCUUACAGCAUCCACCUCCACACCGACGACCCCAGAGGUUUCUGCCUCUACACUCACGCCCUCCACUCAGACCAGUCUCACCCCCAGCACUCCUGCACCUGCCAAUGUUGUGCCAGUUCCGCCUGAAACGGAAAAAGUGGAGACGGCGUCCGGAGAUGUCGUUGCUCCUCAGCCAGAGGACAGUAAGGCUCAGGAGGUCAAAAAGGACACAGCAGAGUCAGAGGGUGACUCGUCCAGCUUGGCUCACAGCUUCUCCUCCACGAAGGACGACUUGUCGCUGUGUGACGACCCACUUUUACCCUCAAGGAAGAUCAUAGGGGACCGAGGAGGCCCUGCCUCCAUGAAGGAGAACAUAUGUCAGGUGUGUGAGAAGACGGGGGAGCUGCUGCUCUGUGAGGGUCAGUGCUGUGGAGCCUUCCACCUGCCCUGCAUCUCUCUGGCCGAGGCGCCAAAAGGGAAGUUUGUCUGUCCUGAGUGCAAAUCAGGCAUCCACACCUGCUUUGUAUGUAAAAAGCGCAGUGAAGAUGUGCGGCGCUGUAUGAUCCCAGUGUGUGGGAAGUUUUACCACGGCGAGUGUAUCGCCAACUACGCCCCAACUGCACCUGUGAACCGAGGCUUCCGCUGCUCCAUCCACGUCUGUCUCACCUGCUUCAUCGCCAAUCCCAACAGCUCGUCCAUCUCUAAAGGUCGUCUGGUACGGUGCGUACGCUGCCCAGUGGCCUAUCAUGCAACAGACCUGUGCAUGGCAGCAGGCAGCGUUGUCCUCUCCAACAACAGCAUCAUCUGUCCCAACCACUUCACCCCCCGUCGCGGCGUCAAGAACCAUGAACACGUCAACGUCAGCUGGUGCUUUGUCUGCACUGAGGGAGGAAGUCUGCUGUGCUGCGAGUCCUGUCCUGCUGCCUUCCACCGGGAGUGUCUGAACAUUGAGAUGCCUAAAGGCAGCUGGUACUGCAACGACUGCAAGGCUGGGAAGAAACCUCGCUACAAGGACAUCCUCUGGGUGAAAGUUGGGCGGUACAGGUGGUGGCCGGCGGAGGUCAGCCAUCCCAAAACGAUCCCAGAGAAUAUUCAGCGGAUGAGGCACGAUGUCGGGGAGUUCCCUGUUCACUUUUUUGGCUCCAAUGAUUACCUGUGGACCUACCAGGCCAGAGUCUUCCCUUACAUGGACGUGGACGCCAACAGCAAAGAAAAGAUGGGGAAAGGUGUUGAUGCCACCUACAAGAAAGCUCUGGAGGAGGCGGCUGUGCGAUUUCGAGAGCUGCAGGCAGAGAAGGAGCUUCGUCAGCUUCAAGAGGACAGGAAGAACGACAGGAAACCUCCUCCAUACAAACAUAUUAAGGUGAAUCGACCGAUAGGAAAGGUUCAGAUCUUUACAGCCGACCUAUCAGAGAUCCCGCGCUGCAACUGUAAGGCAACAGACGAGAGCCCGUGUGGGAUGGACUCAGAGUGCAUCAACCGCAUGCUGCUGUACGAAUGCCACCCGCAGGUUUGCCCGGCGGGUGAACGGUGCCUCAACCAGGCGUUCACCAAACGUCAGUACAGCCAGGUGGAGAUCUUCAGGACGCUGUCCCGAGGCUGGGGGCUCCGCUGCGUCCAUGACAUCAAGAAGGGUCAGUUUGUGAGCGAGUACGUUGGGGAGGUGAUCGACGAGGAGGAGUGCAGGUCAAGGAUCAGACACGCACAGGAGAACGACAUCUGCAACUUCUACAUGCUAACUCUGGACAAGGACCGGAUCAUCGAUGCUGGGCCGAAGGGGAAUGAGGCUCGCUUCAUGAACCACAGCUGUCAGCCGAACUGUGAGACCCAGAAGUGGACGGUGAGCGGAGACACCCGGGUGGGACUGUUUGCUCUCGUCGAUGUCGCUGCAGGCACAGAGCUUACCUUCAACUACAACCUGGAGUGUUUGGGGAAUGGGAAGACAGUGUGUAAAUGUGGAGCACCAAACUGCAGCGGCUUCCUGGGUGUCAGGCCAAAGAACAACCCUCCAUCAGAUGACAAAGGUCGGAAGCUGAAGAGGAGAGGCCACGGCAAGAAGAAGAGCAAGGUGGUGGUGACCAAAGAAAGGGAGGAUGAGUGUUUCAGCUGUGGAGACGGAGGACAGAUGGUUUCCUGUAAGAGACCUGGAUGUCCUAAAGUCUACCACGCCGACUGCCUCAACCUCACCAAGAGGCCUGCAGGUCGAUGGGAAUGUCCAUGGCACCAGUGUGACAUAUGCGGUAAAGAGGCAGCGUCCUUCUGUGAGAUGUGUCCUAGUUCUUACUGUUGCCAGCACCGCGAUGGCCUGCUCUUCAUCUCCAAGCUGGACGGCAAGCUGUCCUGCAGCGAGCACGACCCCUGUGGGCCUGAACCGCUGGAACCAGGGGAGAUUCGGGAGUACACACCUGAACCCAGAGCCCUGACCUCGGGGCUGGGCAUGGCCAUCAUCCCCUCCGCUGCUUCUAAUACGACCACCGGUCUGAACCAAGCCACCAGGAGGGUCCAGGAGAUCAGCGCUGGCGCUGGCAUGUGUGCUUCUGAGGCGUUUCCUGCUUUUUCCAUCCCCGUCCCCAUCACCAUUCCCGUCGCUGCUCCCGCCGCCUCGCCUCCCCCUAGCAGCUCUGACGCUCCUAGCAGCCCGCAGGUGUUUGACCUCCCGCACUACUCGCCCAUCUCUUCGUAUGAGGAGGAGAGGGACGUCUUAGACGAGGAAGAGGAGACAGAGGAGGGGGAGCUGCUGGCAGAAGUGGAGGAGGAGUUAGCCGAAGAGGGAGAGGUGGGGAGGCAGAAAUCGGAUCCUCCCGAAGAGGAUGGGGAGACGGUGAUGGAGGACAUCGGGCUGGAAUACCUGGAGAUCAAAGAAGAGGAGGAUGAGGAUGAUGAGGAUGAGGAUGAGGAUGAGGAAGAGGAAGAAGAGGAAGAAGAGGAGGAAGAGGAAGAGGAGGAGGAGUGACACACAGUGGAUCAUUAUUUAUAGUGGUGCAGGGCAUGGAGGCAGAACAGGCAGUCAGGCAACAAGACAUCACAGUCGCUGCAGUGGGGAAACAAAUGGCAAUCAAUCACAUUACACAAGUAGCCCAGUCUGUCACUGUUUGUAUGCGAUGAGCAAGUGGAUGUAUGGAAAACUCUUUAGGACAAAACAUAAAUAAAAUAAUUUAAAAAAUAAUUAUGAAGUUGAUAAAUCAGUAAAUAAACUGCAUUAAUACUUAAGACUAAUGUAUACAUAGACUAUUUCAAAUUAUUUAAGGAUUUAUUGAUGUAGUUUUGUCCUAUUGAUGACUCCAUACUCCCUGACCUUGGUACACACUUUCUGUAGAGACAGUUCACGUCACAGUGACUUUGCACAAACUUGCGUUUGUGAACAUAUUUCACUCCAAUAUGCUUGUUUUCUCAUGUUUCGACCAAUUUCACCUGCUGAUUUGUUUUGGUAUUUCUUUGAGUGGUAGUUCAGGUGUCCUAUGUAUCAGCAAGUUGAACUGAAAAAGCUUAAUGUAGUUGGAGACAGUUAUUGUAUCUGGUGUGUAGUUGUUUAAUGCAAGAAAAGACUACACUUUAGCUUCUGGUCAAGGUGAAUCCUGGGACACGGUGAUAACCACCGGAGUAACAGCAGCGCUCAGCCUGGUACAUGACUUCUACUCCGUUAUGUUGGAAGUGAAUAGUGACCCCCCAGUUACAUCACUCCAGUUGGAUGUACCAGAAAAAAAAACAUGAACUUAACAUGAACUGUCUGUAAAUAAACCAGUUUCAGUCUGGUUGUGCUUUCAGACAUGAACAUUGAUUCAAAUGAAAAAUAACCAGCCUCUACUGGAAUGAAAUUUGUCCCGUGUGGUCGGUGGACUGAGGUCUGUGAUGUAUAAUUGUUUUUUUUUGUUUUUGUUUUUUUUCGGGACGCAUACCUGCCACAACAACCUGAAUCAACUUCUAUCCAGGACGGACAACCUGACACACAGGAGUUGUUGCUUCCGUUAACUCUAGUCUCCCCUUCAUCUCCAGUUCUUCUUGACGCCUCAGACCAUAAAUUGGUGCUUCAAGAUCAGACCAUGUAUGAAAAUGUCAAAGUGCCAGAUGAUUGGCUGCGUGGUGUAGCCCUAACCACGCUGAUGCUGAUAGUGAUAGUUUGGAUUGAAGCUGCCAAUAGUCAGUGUGUUGAGGAAAUGUUCUCCAGACCAUUUCAUGCCAAAAAAAGGGAUCCUAAACUGACAAGGAUUGAGUGUUUGACUAAGACCAGGUUUCAUGUCGAAAGACAUAAAAAAAAGUAUUUAUGCCGUCAUGGGACACUAAAACUAAGAUAAAGAAACUAGUAAUAGGUUAUUUAGCAGCUCCGUAAGUCAGGCUGAGGCAGGUUGGACUGCACAGACUGAUGCUCCUGAAGCUGGUUGAGGUUACUGGUGGUCUAGAUGCAGAGAUAGCACUAAGUUUUCUCUUGUGUGUAUGCUGUUAAUAUAUUAUUCUGUGACGCACAAAUGAUAACGAGGGAGAGUGGUGACGUUACCGCUCCUUCUCCUCGUUCUUGACUCUCCAUUGAGGGGAAACAAAAGUCUUCAAUUGGAAAAAAACGAACGGACUCCUGCCAUGAUGCUUGCACUUCAGUAUGUGUUCUUGCCACACGUGUUUUGCUCUGUCUUCAAGCUUAUAAUAUUGUCUGUGUGUUAUCUGCCAAUGCCUUAGAGUGUAUUUCUUUGGAGAUAUUUUUAAGGAAUGGUUUGGCAUCUGUGAGAGCCAAGUUUCCCUAUUAAUGCCUUUUUACAGCUGCCCAACAAGCAAUGUUUCAUUCCAGUGUAAUUAUGACCUGUUAGAUCUCAACCAUUGACCUGUUAACUGCUAUAUAAAUAUAUAAGAAGAAGAAGGUAUGAAAUAA